AUGCGUGUUGUCGUUUCCUUUGCUGCCGGUUUGUUAGCCGCUUUGUUGCACCGCCCCGUCGAUGACGCGUUUCCCGCGGAGUGUUACCGCAGCAUCGAGAAUGCACUUCACUUUCGCAAUAAAAAGCGUGAUGGUGAAGUCUUUUCACAGCGCUACGAGCCGUACCAGCUGGGAGAAGUGAUUCCAAUCACGCACGAUACCGCCCUUUUCCGUUUUCUUCUUCAUGCGGAUGAGGAGUUCAAUCUGAAGCCGUGCUCGACGCUACAGGCUUGCUACAAGUACGGGGUUCAGCCGAUGGAGCAGUGCCACCGCUUCUACACACCUGUCACGGCCAACCGCACAAAAGGAUAUUUUGACAUCAUUGUGAAGCGCAAGAAUAGUGGCCUCAUGACAACUCAUCUUUUUGGAAUGCACGUUGGGGAUAAACUGCUAUUCCGCUCUGUGACCUUCAAGGUGCAAUACAAACCGAACAAGUGGAACCAUGUGGGCAUGAUAGCAGGUGGCACUGGCUUUACGCCAAUGUUGCAAAUUAUUCGUCAUUCUUUAAUGGAAAAAUGGAAUGACGGUAGUGUGGACAAUACAAAAUUAUCAUUUCUUUUUUGUAACCGCACAGAAAAGCAUAUUUUACUUAAGGGUCUCUUUGAUGAUUUGGCGGAACGUUACUCCAAUCGGUUUAAAGUGUACUACACCGUUGAUCAGCCUGUGGAGCCUGAAAAUUGGAAACAUUUUGUGGGUUAUGUAUCCAAAGAAAUGGUGCAACAAACAAUGCCUGCACCGGAUGAAAAGAAAAAGAUCAUUAUGCUCUGUGGCCCUGACCAACUGCUGAAUCAUGUGGCAGGCACACCCAUGGGGACAAUGAGCGCCAUGUCAAGUGGGAUGAAUAUUCAGCCCCUUGCACCAGAUCUAAACAAUUUGGUUUCCCUUGGCGGCAUCUUGGGUGAACUCGGCUACAAGAACGAUGAUGUUUAUCGUUUCUGA